AUGUCAAGACGAAAAAAGUUCUUUUUUUCUUAUUUUCAAAAUCUCUUUCUGUUAUAUUCUUUUGAAUCAUAUUACUAUAUUUCUUAUCUUUUCUUUCAAUUUCAUUAUGCUGUAAUGACAUUUCUCUCUUACACACACACACACACACACAUCUCACUUUCUCGCUUUCUCGCUUUCUAUUUUCACUUCCUUCCUCUUUCACACAUUCUCGCUUUUUCUCUCUUUCGUUUUCACACAUUAAUUGUUUUUCUUUGUCUACUUUUCUCUUUCUUCUUUUCUUUGUCUCUUCCACUCCUUGUUUCUUUUAGAUUUCCUUUCUGUUUCGACUUUCUCAAAUUAUUCAUCGAGAUUUUCCACCAUUUUUCUUUUGCUUCGUUGUUCAAAUUUUUCAUUGUUUUUGAUUUUCUUCUUCUUCUUCUUCUUCUUCUUCUUCUUCUUCUUCUUCUUUAUCUGUAUUCUUUCCUCAGUUUUUUCUUUUUAAAUAUGUUUCUUUUUCAUUCAUUUUUCCAGAUAGUUAGCACCUCCCCCUCUUUACACCCUCGCCCCCUUGCUUUUUUGUCCUCCUUUCUUUACUUCUCUAUUCAUCCCUUUGCAUAUUUGUGCGCCUUUAUUUCUUUCUCUCGGAAGACCGAAAGAUUUGAUGAACAUAUGUUGCAAGAAAAGAUGGAGAUUUCUUUAUUACCUGAUAAGACACCAUUUUGCACUAAACUACCCGCCUGCAAAACACAAGGUAGAAAUAUUUUUCUCGCUUCUGGCUUAGUUUCCUUAAAUCAAAGAUAA